ACAGCCAGGAGGCUCCUAGGCUGCUAUGUGGCUGCUUCUGGCUAUCUUGCUCAGUCUCCCAUGGUCUCUUGCCUGGGGUGGCCAGCAUAGGCCCAAGGCACUGGGUUACCCUGGUGUUCUCCACUGUGGGUUACACAGCUUUCAGUUCACCCUCAGCCUUCUCAGCCAGGACACAGCGACUUCUCCCACACUCAUAGUUUGGGACAACCAUGGGCUGCCUCACAGGCUGCAGAAUGACUCUGGCUGUGGCACCUGGGUCCGGGAAGGCCCUGGCAGCUCCCUGGAGGUAGAGGCAUCCUACGGCAGCUGCUAUGUCACUGAGUGGGUGAGUACCACCCAGUCACCAAGAGCGGAGAGGAAGCUCCCUCUGUCAUCCAGGCUGGCUCCCCAGGACUCCCGCUACCUCAUGCCGAUAGGCAUUGAAGCAGCAGAUGCAGCUGGACGCAGGACUAUCACAGAGACAAAACUGCUCCGGUGUCCUGUGGACCUCCCAGCCCUAGAUGCUCCAAGUGCUCACCUGUGUGACUCUGUCCCACACUGGGACAGACUGCCAUGUGCUCCUUCCCCCAUCACAGAGGGAGACUGCAAAGAGCUAGGCUGCUGCCAUGACUUAGAGAUGAAUUCCUGUUACUAUGGAAACACAGUGACAUCGCGCUGCACCCAGGAUGGCUACUUCUCUGUUGCUGUACCUCGGAACGUGACUUCACCUCCGCUGCUCUUGAAUUCUGUGCACUUGGCCUUCAAGAAUGGCAGGGAAUGUAGCCCUGUGAUGGCAACACAUUCCUUUGCCCUAUUCCAGUUCCCAUUUACUUCCUGUGGUACCACAAGACGGAUCACUGGAGACCAAGCAGUGUAUGAAAAUGAGCUGGUUGCAGUUAGAGAUGUGAGAACUUGGAGCCAUGGUUCCAUCACCCGAGACAGUAUUUUCCGGCUCCGAGUCAGCUGCAGCUACUCCAUAAGCAGCAACGUCCUCCCAGUUAAUGUCCAGGUUUUCACUCUCCCACCACCCCUUCCUGAGACCCAGUCUGGAUCCCUCACUCUGGAACUUCAUAUUGCCAAAGAUAAACAUUACAGCUCCUACUACACUGCUGGUGACUAUCCAGUGGUGAAGUUACUCCAGGAUCCUAUUUACUUGGAGGUUUCCAUCCGUCACAGGACAGACCCCACCCUAGGGCUGCUGCUCCAUCAGUGCUGGGCCACACCCAGUGCAAACCCCCUGCAUCAGCUCCAGUGGCCCCUGUUGGUGAAAGGAUGCCCCUACACUGGAGACAACUAUCAGACCCAACUGAUCCCUGUCCAGAAUGCCUCUGGUGUGCCAUUUCCCUCUCACUACCAGCGCUUCAGCAUCUUAACCUUCAGCUUUAUGGACUCAGUGGAAAAGAGGUCACUUGGGGGACUGGUCUAUCUGCACUGCAGUGCAUCAGUCUGCCAGCCUGUUGGGACACCAUCCUGUAUGACAACCUGUCCUCUUGCCAGGAGAAGAAGAAGCUCUGACACCCAUAUUCACAAGAGUACUGCUAACAUUUCUAGCAAGGUUCCCAUGAUUCUACUGCAAGCCACUAAGGACUCUUCAGAGAAGCUCCAUAAAUACACAAGUUCUCCUGUAGACUCCCAAGCUCUGUGGGCGGCAGGCCUCUCUGGGACCAUAAUUGUUGGAGCCUUGUUGGUGUCCUACUUGGCCACCAGGAAAUGGAGAUGAGUUACUGAGACAUAAUAUCUCAAUAAAACCAGA